CUCGCUCGCUCGCCUGCCUGCCUGCCCAGAGUGCCUCGCGCCGCCUAGUUCCGCGAGGAGAAGUCUGCCCAGCUCGACACGGACCGAGGAGCGACAAGAUGGCGGAGUGAGAGAGUUGCGCUUUCUGACGGAAAAGCUGCGACUCGACCGGUUCCUAGAACGCGAACGGGAAGGGAAGGUCCACCCGGACGUGUGGACGCCGACCCUUUCAUAUCUGAGAAAAAAAAUAAAAUUGGCCCAGUUGAGACGAUUUGUAGGAGACGUCGACGUUUAACUGCUGGCUGGUGUCCUUGCCUUAGCUACCGAAAGGACUGGACUCGACGGAAAAAGUACAAAAGAUAACCUUAAGCAGAGAGAAAUAAACUGUAAAGGAAGGGGUUACGACUGUUUAAUUCGAUAUAAUUACAGUUGUAACGAAUGAAAAGGUGUUCGUCGUGUUUGCUCCUCUCUGUGAAUUGAGGCAGUUGAAGCUCUUAACCGGGACUCAGUCUGUUCUUGACGAGGAGAGGCAGCAGGACUGCGCCACUUCAACGAUCCCCUCUCAUUCUCUUAUUAUUAUUUUUUUAAAUAAAAUAAACAUCGAGUUUUUCUUCGUGAUUUCGAGGACAUGGCGAGCAGUAGCGGCUCCAAAGCCGAAUUCAUCGUCGGUGGAAAAUACAAGCUGGUUCGAAAAAUCGGAUCCGGAUCCUUCGGCGACAUUUACCUGGCGAUCAAUAUCACGAAUGGAGAGGAGGUGGCUGUGAAACUGGAGUCCCAGAAAGCCAGACACCCGCAGCUGUUGUACGAGAGCAAGUUGUACAAAAUCCUGCAGGGCGGAGUGGGCAUCCCGCACAUACGGUGGUAUGGCCAGGAAAAGGACUACAAUGUCCUAGUGAUGGAUCUGCUUGGGCCCAGCCUGGAGGAUCUCUUCAACUUCUGUUCCCGCAGGUUCACAAUGAAAACUGUUCUAAUGCUUGCAGACCAGAUGAUCAGCAGAAUUGAGUACGUGCACACAAAGAAUUUCAUCCACAGAGACAUCAAGCCAGACAACUUUCUAAUGGGUAUUGGCCGUCACUGUAAUAAGUGUUUAGAAUCUCCAGUGGGGAAGAGGAAAAGAAGCUGGGCUGUUAGUUCUUCUCAGGAUCCAUCUUUCUCAGGAUUAAACCAGUUGUUCCUCAUUGACUUUGGUCUGGCAAAAAAGUAUCGGGACAACAGGACACGACAGCACAUACCAUACAGAGAAGACAAAAAUCUCACUGGCACAGCUCGCUAUGCCAGCAUCAAUGCACACCUGGGCAUCGAACAGAGUCGCCGUGACGACAUGGAGUCGCUAGGAUAUGUGCUGAUGUACUUCAACAGAACGAGCUUGCCCUGGCAAGGGCUAAAGGCUGCCACAAAGAAACAGAAGUAUGAAAAGAUCAGCGAGAAGAAGAUGUCAACUCCAGUGGAGGUCUUGUGUAAGGGCUUUCCUGCAGAGUUUGCCAUGUACCUGAACUACUGUCGUGGGCUCCGGUUCGAGGAGGCGCCCGACUACAUGUACUUGCGACAGCUGUUCCGCAUUCUCUUCAGGACCUUGAACCACCAGUAUGACUACACCUUCGAUUGGACCAUGCUGAAGCAGAAAGCAGCCCAGCAGGCGGCCUCAUCAGGGGGCCAAGGCCAGCAGGCACAAACCCCCACAGGCAAGCAAACUGACAAACCCAAGAGUAACAUGAAAGGUUUCUAAGCAUAUUAGGACAAUGAAGCAGAGCAGAAGGGUCGUAGCAGGAUUUGCCUUCCAAUCCCACCCUGACAUCUAGGAUCAGUUCACCAAACCUGCCAGACAUUGUGGGCAACCAUUUUUAUUUUUUUCUGCUGUUAAAGAACUCUGUUCCAUAUACUAUAUAUGUAAUCACUAUAUAUAGAUAACAUGCACAGCAUCUAUCUAUAUAUUGGUUUGUAUAUACUAUAUACACAUAGAAAGCAGGCUAGGUAUGGAGCUUUGAAGCUGUCGCCUUUUCUAUUGUCCUGUUCCUGAAGACUUUUUCUUCCAAACUGAAGUGUAUAAAAUGGUUGGCUCACAGAGGAUAUAAUUGUGCACUUGCCAAUACUUCCCUGAGGUCUCUCCUCCAGAAAAGAACUGCUUGGGUCCCCCUCCCCCCCAACUCAGUCACGGUCAGGCACCAUCUCCGACAGGGCUCAGUCCUCUCUGUUGGACACAAAUACAUUUGAAAUGUACAUUUUGUUCCCUGUCCUUUUUUUUUUUUUGUUUUUUUUUUUGUUUUUUUUUUGUUUUUUUUUUUUUAAACCCCUCUCCUCCCCUCUCACAUCCUUGAGCAAAAUGGAAAAGUGUAAAACUAGAACUGUUUUCAUCGUCAUGAAUCUUAAAAUCCUGGAUAUUACUAAGCAAUCAUUGGGUUUUUUUGGUUUAUAAAGGUCAUCAAGACUCUGCCUGCUGACGUGCUACAGGAGCUUCGUAUGUGAAGAUUAAAAAAUUAUAAAUUCUAGUGACUACUAGGUUUCUAUUUAGAACGCUGCAUUAACUAUAUUGUACUUGGUAUACUGAAGGCUAAAAAAAUGUAAACACCACGAGAGCAUAUUCAUUACAAAUUAGGCAUCACUUGACUAAAACCUGUAUUGUAAAUUGCUUAGAUGAAAAUUGUACGCAUUCAUGAUCUGGUUUUCUUUUUUCCUUUUUGGAAAUGUUAACAUGUACAAUGAGUAAACAUUUUGUUAGAAUACAUUUUCUGCUAUGAUGGCCUAAAUGUUGAGUUUGAGAAGAAAAAAAAAAUGCUAAUAUGCUCACUCCACCCCACCCUUCCUAUUUUUUUGUAUGCGCAUAUAUACAUUUUUUUAUCAGUAAGAAUUAACCUUUUUUUCAGCUUUAUAGUUGUCUUUUCCCUCUUAAAUUUGUGAAUUUUUUUUUUUUUUUUUUUUUUUGGGGAAAGGGUGGUUUGUUUGCUCCUUCCGGCAGGAAGUGGAUCCUAUCUGGAACUUCCUCUGCAACUGAGAAUUGCGCCGCUGUUUAGGGAGGCGAAUUUGUUUUCCUUUCUUUGAUUCCUUUUUUUUUUAUUGAAAAGGUUUGGAGGGUUUCUUUUCUAUGUGCUUUUAAGUCUUGCAAAGAGAAAAGCGAGAUUAAUUGGGAUUAAUCUUAGCCUUCAGCCACGACAGAUGCACAACACUCACCUGUUGGUUGGCUGCCAUUCUCCCUAUUACCGCUGACCCAGCUCGAGAUAUUUUACUGCUGGACAUUAUAUAAAAGUGUAAUUUAUUCCCUUUUAGCAUGUCAGAAUAAAUUAAAAACGACUUGUCAGAAC